AUGGAUCCCGGAAUGGAAGAAAUGAUGCACUUGGCCAAGAUGGAGAGGAUGCGGGCAAGAUUACCCCCCGCCGAGGAGGUUGCAAAGGCGCUGGUGAAGUUGAUGGAGCAUAAAAAGAGUAGAGGAGAUGUAUUAGAGGACGGGCAGGCGGCAUUGGCCCUGCAGAGUCUCCAAUACUGCUCGCGAUGUCGAGCGGUCRAUCGAGAUGUCCUCCUCACCAUUCUUGCCGUCCUCCAUAGACGCGUCCAGGCCAACGUCGCUGCACAUCCGGACCUGGCAGAGGCCGUCUACCGGGAAAUGCUGGUGGUGGGAGGCAAGGUGGGAUGGUUGUGGAAAGGUGUGGCCAUGUGGGUCAAACAUCUCUCCUAUUCCGGUCAGGCCAGAAGAGGACAGGAGGUCCUCCUGGAAUGGGAAGCAUCACAAGACGAGGGAGGACGAGAGAAGGAGACGGGAAAGCUGCCCGCUUUGAUUGAACAUGCGUGGGCCGAUGUUCUCCAUGGACACGCUCAAAAGGAGGAUGAGGCGACCCUCCUCGCCACCUGGGAAAUGCUCAAAACUCGUGGAAUCCACACUUCUCGCACUGUCAAGCAGACGGUGCUUCAUUUCUACCUGCGUGGCAACGACAUUGCUGCCGUCCAACGCUGGUUUGCCGAGCUGUGGCAGGCUUCCCAAUUCACCCCCCUUUCAAAACCAGAAUCCCACCAAACUGCAGCCAAUGACCUCCACCAAGUCUUGCAGUGGUGUUUGAAGCACAAUACUCUUCAGUUCGGUCAUUCCAUCGUGAGGGAAGCCAUGAGUGACAACCCUCCCAAGCCCAUCUGGGACGCCAUCUUCGUCUGGGCCGCCGGCACGGGCAAGGGUGCCGAUGAGAUCAAUCGCAUGUUGAGUGUCAUGGAAGCCUCCAACAACAACAUCUCUCCCACUCAACCACCGAGACUGGCCGAUAUCGCCACCAUAAACGCCUUGGUCGAAUUCGCAAUCUCCAAAAACGACCCCUACUUGGCGGAACGCUUCAUUGCCAUUGGCAAGGCGCGAAACAUCGAACCCGAUGCCCGGACAUAUGUCCUUCAAAUGCAAUAUCGUCUCAAGGUGAAUGAUGUCGAUGGAGCUUUGACCGCCUACGCCAGUUCACAAGCCAUGGACCUCUCUUCCAAUCAAGACAUUCCCACCGUCAAUGCCCUGAUCGUCGCCCUCUGCAAUAGCAAGCGCCAUGACUUUGACUCCAUCAUGAACGUCGCCGCCGACCUCUCCGACCGCCACGCCCGCUUCGAAGCGCCGACCGUUGCCGCUCUGUCCCUCCUUCACCUCUCCCGAGAUGAGAUCCACGAUGUCAUCGACUUGUUAAACACCCACGCAUUCCACUAUUCCUCCGCAGAGAGGCAAACAAUCCUCGAGGCCAUUUUAAAUUACGCCCUCGACCCAUCAACCCCCACAGCACGAACCUGGGACGCCUACACCAUCCUCCUCACAAUCUUCGACGAAAUCCCUCGCUCCCACCGCACAACCCUCAUGCUCGACUUCCACCGUCGAUCCCGACCCGACAUGGCCGUCCACGUCUUCAAUUCCAUGCGCUCCCACUCCCGCGCAGACACCAUCCCCACCAUCUCCACUUACAUUUCCUCCUUUAUGGCAUCCGCYCAAUCCCGCGACCUCGAAUCCCUACAACUCAUCCACAACCAACUCAAACUCGACGUCAACAUCAACCCCACGACCAAACUCUUCAACGCUCUCAUCCUCGCAUACACCGCCUGUGGCCAACCUCGCCGUGCCCUGCGUUUCUGGGAUGACAUUUCCGCGAGUAGGGAAGGGCCCACGUACAAUUCCCUGCACAUCACCUUCCAAGCCUGCCAAGCCGCUCCCUUUGGCGACUUGAAGGCGCGGGAACUCUGGACGAAACUGCGCAAAAAGGGUGUGGAGAUUGAUCAGGAAUUGUGGGGAAGUUAUCUGGGAGCUUUGGCGGGAAAUGGAGAUUUGGAUGCAACUUUUCAUGCCGUCCAGGAGAUGGAAUCCGAGGGUCGCUGGGAGGUGAGUAAGGAGGUGUUGGGGAAGGUGAUGAAUGGGGCUCCGAAUCGCGCCAAGCAGAAGGUUGUGGAAAGUUGGGGGAGGGAGAGGUAUGCUGUAUUAUGGGAGGAGUUGGAAAGAGUUGGGUGGGAGGAGGCAGGGGAUGGGAGGAGGAUUUUUAGAGUGGGCAGGGAGGUGGAGCCGUAG